CGCCGCUCUACGACCCCUCUGCCACCCCAGACUUCCGCCACUCCUCUCCUCCUGUCCACCGGCCUUGGCGCUAUAUGGACCCCGAGCAUCCCAUGCACCGCUCUCGGGACGUAUCAUUGCUGCAGCUCGCGCUGAGUAGCCCUUCCGCGGCUGCCAGCCCGCAGGUCUUGGGCAACCGCACGCCUUUCGGGACGCUGUCACGGAACGUCUUCCAGACACCCACUCGUCGGACCAUGCAGGCUCCUCUCCCUGUCGCUAACCGCAUCGCCCGUACCAGUAGCACGCCCUUAAGCGCGUCCACGACUGGUGACGACAUGUGGCAGAAUCCCGGACUGGUACCCUCUCCUUUGACGAAGUGCGACAUGGACUAUAUCCUGGAGGGGUCCUGGAUGCCGUCGUCGGGCACGUCCUCUAUGAUGCCGAGCCCUGGUAUGGCCAGCCCUGUCCUGCGCCGGACGCAGUCGAUGCCCUACGAGGAUCUCUUCAGCUCUGGCUCAUCGUCCAGCAGCGGAUCUAAGAUUCCUGCGAUGGGACGCGACAUAGGAUUCCUGAGCUGGGAGGACGUCUUCACUGCGACGGACGAGCAGCGGCCGUCGCCGCCGAAGAAGCGCAAGGUGGUCGAGUGAUGCGUUGUCGGCUGUAUGUUUUAUCCCUCUUUCUUGCGCGCUAUCGUAAGUAUCUUGUCGUGCUUUCCAUCGCUAUGCUCCCGCUCUUGCUGCCUUUUCUGUACUUGUACUACGCCCGUCACCUCACUUACGGUUACGCUCAUCUAAAGUCCGUAUCUUCUCGUCGUCUAUGUUUCCCAUCUAGUUACUCUGAUAUCGUGGACUUGUCGGGUGGCUUUGCGUACAGGCCAGAUCUUGUGUAUUCUUGUGUAUAUCUAUCUCCAGCCGAUAGCGGGUUUGGGGAUGCGAAUGUCCAUUAUCCCUUGUUCUA